AACAUGAUCCCCCUUGGCCCGGUCAUGGCAUGGCUGCUCAAAAUACUCAUGGCCCUAGUCUGUCUGGGGUGAGUGUCCUCUAUACUCUUCCAGAAAAGGAAGAGCUCGAAGAAAAUCAAAAUGUCAAUCUCAAUCUCGAUCUCUUCGCUCACCUCAUACUUGUCUUCACUUUCUUUCUCUUCUCAAGUUUCGCAAAAACCAAACACCCUCUCAUUUUCCCGUUCAAAAUCCCUUUCGUUCUCGCCCUCCCCCAAACCUCUUCUUGUCUCCGCCACUGUUGCGUCACCCGUGGAAUCCGAGACCACUGACCUCAAGAAAUUGGUUAAGUCGAGGCUCCCCGGUGGAUUCGCCGCCCAACCCAUCAUCGGCACCGGCCGCCGUAAAUGCGCCAUUGCUCGAGUCGUUCUUCAAGAAGGCACAGGCAAAGUCAUCAUCAAUUACCGCGACGCCAAGGAAUAUCUUCAAGGUAACCCUUUAUGGCUUCAAUACAUAAAGGUCCCAUUGGUAACCCUGGGGUACGAGAGCAGCUAUGAUGUAUUUGUCAAAGCUCAUGGUGGUGGUCUAUCUGGUCAGGCACAAGCAAUCUCUCUUGGCAUCUCCCGUGCAUUGCUAAAGGUGAGUGAGAGCCAUAGAUCCCCUUUGAAAAGGGAAGGGCUACUGACUAGGGAUUCGAGGGUAGUUGAGAGGAAGAAGGUUGGUCUCAAGAAAGCUCGCAAGGCUCCACAGUAUUCUAAACGUUGAAGUUUGAUUUUAUUGUUUUACUUUCUGUCUAGCGGCUUUUUGUUUGUAUACAGUAUACAUCUCUGUAAUGCUGUAUUUAAGCAAAUUAACUUUAUGUUCAGCUAUCAUAUGUUUUGAACGCAAAAUAGGGAAUUCCUUUCUGUGAUAAUACCUUAUAGCAAUACCUAAAAAAGUUUUAUCUGUUCGCAA